AUGGCGGAUGCUAUAUACACUAUCGAUAUUCUCUGGUCAUACGGACAAAACGCAAACAUUGAAGACAUGUCUAUCGAGACAUUUGCCAAGUGGAUGGCAGAAUACGCCACAACCCAUGGUUUAAACAAGCAAUACAUAACUAACGGCAAUUUACUACGUUGGUACAAAACUAUACUUUGGAAAUGGCAAAAAGAAGAAACAGCGAGGUACAUUCGAGAUAAAAUAAACGAAGCAAAUAAAAUUACAAACUCAAUGAGCGUCGCUAAGGAAGUUUUGGGAAUUCUAUCAUACUGCUAUGGAUCUUCAAACUUCCAAGAUGAAGCACCUGAAAUUUUAAACCUUGCAGGUUUUAAAGAUGCAAAGGUCAACAACAAUCCUCUAAUCGACCUUAUACUCCAGCAUGACCUAAACUGUGUUCCAGAUAACGAUCCAAUACGGUCCGGCCACCUUUCUGCGACCUUUCCUCACCUGUUGUUAUACAAUAAAGAUCCUGGAAUUUUUGAUACUAUUAUAAACCGGGACGUCCGUCAAUUUGGAAAACUAGCCCAUCGCUCGUCAACAAAGAUGGCAGAAUGGUUUUUCGAAUUCUACAAACAAGCAAACUUUACCUCUCUCGACUAUUUCGAGAGGCCAGAGUUUUUAACAGAUAAGGAGGGACACUUGGUAGCGGAAAUCACGUCUAACAUUCAAUUAUCCGUAAACCAUUAUCAAAAAACCGGGAUGAAUUCUCGAUCAGUAAAUUCCGAAGCCACUUGGGUAAAUUUCGUGGAAACACUGUUAAAAGGGAUUAUUAAUCGCAUCAAAAAUUUAGUAUACGAAAACACAACCGUGGAUUAUCUUGACCAUCCAAAAGGGAAUGGAGAAAUUUGCGGAAUCAAGCCAGAUGGGACCAUAUAUUUUGUCAUGUCUGAAAUACAUUUUCCAAUUGGCUUUCUUGAAGGCCAGAAGCCGUACCUACCCAACGCAACAAAGAAAUCACAGAUCGAUGCAGAAAAGCUCCAAAAGGAAAUUAAGUUGGCGUCCGAUUCUCUUUUGAGAGAUAUACAAGACAAAUAUUCAGCCCGGAUUUCAAAAGAAAUCGCUAAAAGAAUAUUUGAAAUUCCAUUUAUCACAUCUCAGCUAACUGGUACCGAAGCAAUAAUCUCAGUCUCGGAUCGAACACUUCAUCCAAUAUUGACAACGGAUAUUCGUAUUGCAGGAAUUGCUUGA